AUGGAGCCCCGACAACUUCAAGCAUGGUUGGUCACCCCAAGUAAAGCACGCGGGUGGUACGACAAGUUGCCCUCCAGGACAGUCGACCUUGUUGGGGACUAUGCCGGUGAUGAGCUAUUUAUUAUCGAUGGAGAUUCUCUUCUGCUACAUGUCUUCUCUGAUAGCAAACUCGAUUUUUCUCCUGGGUUCCAGAUCCUCCAUGCCAUCUACCUCAUUGAGACAUUCCUCCACAAACUCCAAAGACGACGAUGCGUCUUUCACAUUGCAUUUUCCGCCGAGAAUGCUAAUUUAUGUAUUCCCAUUGGAGUUGAACCCCAACGCCGUUACCGGUAUCUUUUGACACGAGAGAUCGUCAUUCGGCAUCUCAAGGAACAUGCCUCUGCUGAAGAAUUCGCGGUGCCUGUCCACGAGCUCAAGAGCUACGAGUCUGACGAGUUCUUCCAGUACCUUCGAAGGGUCGGCGCAUACUUCUUCAUGUGCCACGAUGGGGCUUUCCCGAAGCACCUCCUGGAGCAGGGUCAGUUGGACUCAGAUGACACCGAUUCUUCCAUGAGUGACGAAGAAUCAAUGGAAGGAAACGAAAUGUCACAAAAGAACGUGACAGUCGAUGCUUCUAUGACCCAAGCGUUUCAGUGUCGAACGGGCCUGCGAAAGAUGAUAUACCGGCUCAUGAUGCACGGCUACAAUGUUGCACUGAUCAAUGAAUUGGAAUUCAGGGAUACCAAGAUCAUGUCGAUAAUCGUUGAGCGCCCAUCAAGCAACAGUCAAAGUCGACACAAACCCAUCGAGACGAGAAAUACGCGAGAAGAAGAUUCCGACAGCAGUGACUCCUUCGCCGUCCGCUCGGAAGACGACGGGAGCUUAGAAUCAUUAUUUGAUGAUUACCAGAACCCUGCUUGGCCAAUUCCAGAGAAGACUCUCUGUGACUCAGCCAACCCGCGGGGGGUGGACUUGAUUCUAAACGCACUGAGGGCAAUGACCAUGGAUUUCACACAGCGUGAAUAUCUUACCGUGACUACUAUCAUCGUGAUGAUGGAAUCAGGUGUUAUCUCCAAGACUGAGAUGGGGGCAGCCCGAGCCUUGCUUCUACACACGGUCCUUCUGCGGGAUUGCCAGCUGUCGGACCGUGCGAUUGCACACACAGCUGGUUCAGAAGAACAACGCAUGUUAAAUGAGUUCGCUCGGGUGGGUCACAAGAUCUUGAGCUCGAAUACCUGGCAGAAUGUAAUGGAGCCUGGGCACGCCAAGUUCGAUCUGUAUGAUCUUCUUGAUGGGCGACUCUUCUCCCUUCUAGCUUCAAAUAUGGACUGUCGCCCGCCAACGGACAUAGUGAGCUCUUUCAGCUGGUCGAAGUUCGAACAAUUAUGUACGACACUCAAGGAGCUCUUUGACUUUAGUGUGGAAAUCUCAGAUCUCAUCUCAGACAAGAGGCCUCACAAGUCUCAAAAACAUGCCACAAAGAAGUCAAAGCCCAACAAGAAAUUCUGGCGCAAUCAAGGACAGCAGAAGGUUUCCGAAGCGGAACAUCUUGUCUUGCCAUUUGAAAAUCCCGUUUUUGACUCUCACCUGCAACCGGUGCAUCUGUCUAUUGAUGACACCGUUGAAGACGUAGGCGCAUCGGAGCCUUCCAAGACCUUCAAGGAGCUGAGCCAUUGGCACAACGCCAAACGACCACUUGAUACCAAGUCUGGUAACAAUUUUGACCCGUGGCAGAAGAGAUUUAUCAUGCGACGCAAUGCCAUUUUUAUGGCAGAAAUGAGAGACUAUGCUGCCAGCUUGACAAACGCCACAGGCGCAAUCCUUGAGCCAGAAACUGUGUUCGUGAAAUCCGCCAAGGAUGACAAGAGAAAAGCAAAAUUUGUUGCAGGCUCAAAUAAAAACUCAACGUCCUCAGCCCACCUGCCAAAGAAAAAAUCCCAUACUGCGGCAAAGCCAGCAGUGCGAGACCAGGCCGCAAAGCUCAUGAUGGCAAAGCAAGCCGAGGUGCGCGACAAAGUCAUAAAAAAAUGGAUCUUCAUCAGAAAGGGCCUCGACAAGGAGCUUGACCUCGUCAACAGAUAUGUUAAAGUCAAAGAGUAUUUCACCAGCAAACAAGUGGACAAAAGCGACGCUGUCGGUGCGGAGAUUCUCACGUAUCAGUUGGAUACCUUGGUACGACUGUUGCGGGACAGUGCCAAAAGCAACCGUCAGCAAUCCAUUCCCACCAUCAUGUCAUUCAUCUGGGAAACUAUCUGGCAGAUCUCCAAACUGCAAGAUACUCUAACAGUGGACAUAGUCACCUACGUGACCGAUGUCAGUAAGAUACUGGGCUUACCAGGGGUAAAGCUCGAAGCUCACAGCGAUCAGCAACUUUCAUUUCAAUGUGUCCCUUUGACCAAGAAGGACUUAGGGGCUGCUAAAUUGUCGACUUCGCCAAUUGAAUUUCAGCUUCUUCACGGCGGUCCCUUCAUGGAUCGUAAUGUGGAUUCUGCUCCCGACAGUCGUGUUCACGACUUCGAGCCUGAUAGAUGGCAACGCGAAGUGCUGGACCAGAUUGACGCUAAAACCAGCGUCUUUGUUGUUGCACCCACAAGUUCCGGAAAAACUUUCAUCUCGUUUUACGCAAUGAAACAAAUUCUGGAGGAAGAUGAUGAUGGAAUCCUCGUCUAUGUCGCUCCGACAAAAGCUUUGGUCAAUCAGAUUGCUGCGGAAGUCCAGGCAAGAUUCUCAAAGUCGUAUCGAUUUGACGGCAAGUCGGUUUGGGCUAUCCAUACUCGUGAUUAUCGUAUCAACAACCCUGCUGGCUGCCAAGUUCUCAUUACCGUUCCACAUAUCCUUCAGAUCAUGUUGCUUGCGCCGUCGAAUGCACAAUCUUGGUCAUCCAGAGUGAAAAGAAUUAUCUUCGACGAGGUUCAUUGCAUCGGCCAGGCCGAAGACGGCGUGGUGUGGGAGCAGCUCUUGUUGAUGGCCCCUUGUCCAAUUAUCGCUCUCUCCGCCACUGUAGGCAAUCCUCAAGAAUUCUGUGAAUGGCUCGCAAUGACUCAAAAGGCUACCGGGACCGAUUUGAAGACGAUUGAACAUCGGCAACGAUACUCGGAUCUGCGAAAAUACGUCUAUCAUCCACCGACUCGUUUCGCCUUUGGUGGAUUUUCAGAGCCCCCAAAGCUCUCUCCUCUUGGUCUUGAUGAAACAUCUUAUAUGAGAUUUGUGCAUCCAGUCUCCAGUCUCUUUGACCGCUCAAGGGGGAUGCCUGAAGAUUUGAGCUUUGAACCGCGUGACUGUCUUACGCUUUGGGAAGCUAUGAAAAAGCACGAGUGCCCGGGAUACCUCGUGGAUCCAUCUGUAGAUCCAAAUAUAUGUCUUCCAGCAUUGGUCCGGAAGGUGGAUGUCGUGAGGUGGGAAUCACAGCUGAAAGCGCUCUUGAGAAGCUGGAUGAGUGACCAUGCAUCGCCUUUCGACAAGGUGAUGGAGGAGUUGUCGCGAUCAACGGUCCACACGCGGAGACCGGACCUGUUCAGCUCGGUAAAAGGUCGAAGUGAGCAUACCUCCGUGAGGUCUGUCAACACUGGCAAUGUCUUGGAGACGACACUUCCUCUUAUCUGCACCUUACAUGGCCAAAAUGCACUACCUGCCUUAUUCUUCAACUAUGACCGCAGCAUGUGCGAACGUAUUUGCAAAAACUUGCUCGAACAUUUUACUUCCGCCGAAAAGAAGUGGAAGGACACAGAUCCCACUUGGAAACGAAAGAUUGAAAAGUGGGACGAAUGGAAGAUUGAACGCGCAAAAACCAGCAAAAAGGGAUUGCCGAAGGCUUCCAAAAAUGUCAGUGGGCGUGACGAGAUGUCACGCGCAGAACGCGAACGAGAGACUGCCUCGACAGAAGUCAGUCAGUUUGAAUCUUUCGAUCCUGACGCUCCAGUCGACGGGUUUCAUAUUGCCGACAUUAAGAAACUGUCCCCCUCGAUCUUCCAGCAAUAUGCAGAUCAGCUUGGCCAUCGGGGGGUACCCCAAUGGCUAAUCUCAGCGUUGCAACGUGGGAUCGGUGUUCACCAUGCUGGUAUGAAUCGAAAAUAUCGCCAGGUUUGCGAAAUUCUGUUCCGCAAAGGAUAUCUACGGGUCGUCAUUGCCACCGGUACUUUGGCUCUGGGUAUCAACAUGCCUUGUAAAACGGUGGUUUUCUCAGGAGAUUCGGUGUUCCUCACCGCGCUGAACUAUCGCCAGGCUUCUGGUCGGGCUGGCCGUCGAGGCUUUGACGUGCUUGGAAACGUGGUAUUCCAAAACAUCUCAGAUACGAAAGUCUAUCGUCUCAUGAGCUCGAGACUUCCACAUUUGAAUGGCCACUUUCCGAUUACCACCAGUCUGGUGCUCCGACUGUGCAACCUUUUGCAUGAGUCGAAGAACGCCCCGUUCGCAGUCAGGGCAAUCAAUUCCAUCUUGACCAGUCCGCGAAUCUAUCUUGGUGGAGCAGAAAUGAGGCACACAGUGCUUCAUCAUCUGCGAUUUUCCUUGGAGUACCUUCGACGCAACGACCUGCUGUCCCGACAUGGUGCUCCUUUGAAUUUUGCCGGAUGUGUUGGCCAUCUCUACUAUACUGAAAACUCCAGUUUCGCUUUCCACGCUUUGUUGAACUCAGGGUUCUUCCACAAACUUUGCAGGCCACUUUCAAGCUCAAGGGAUAAAACAACCACCCUGCGCUCGCUCAUGCUCGUCUUGUCACACUUGUUUGGCCGUCAACCCAUCCGCCAAGCCAACCUUGAAAACAUCAAAGCCAAGACUCAAAAAUCGACAUCCGUCGUCGUUUUGCCUCCCAUGCCAUCGAGGGCGGUCAAGAUUCUCAAGAAGCACAACCAAGAGACCCUCCGUAUUUACACUGCGUACGUUGCUACAUUUAUCGAGCAGCAUGUUACCGAGCCUGACCGUACCCUCCCCUUGACGAAGAUCGAAUGUGGAGGUGAAACAGCAAUGGCCGAACUCAGCAGCUUUCUCUCCGAAUUCAAAGCAGAGGUCCGCAUUGCCUCUCCCUUUUAUGCGCUGUCGGGUCAGGGCGAUGAAUGUCGUCAUAUCUCAGAUCUCUGUCAGAUUGUCCGGAGCGGAGUAUGGCUUGAAGAAGCUGUCGUGCCAUAUGUGGGGGUUCACCCCGAGGAAGUUGCGCCGCUCAACGCGUACCUUUAUGAUUUCUUCAAGCAUGGCAAUGUUACCGCAUUGAUCCACGAAAAUGGUAUCCGUAGAGGUGAUCUGUGGUUUUUGCUCAACGACUUUUCUCUCGUGCUUGCGACAAUCGUGACAAGCCUGGAAAACUUCUUGAAACUGACACCAGACACGGACCUUGAUAUGCUGGACGUGAUGGGACAAGGAGAGGCUUAUGAACUGGAGUUGGACGACGAGGGCAUAGAAUUCGAUGAGAAGAUGACGGUCCCUAAUCAAGCAACUAAAGCCCAAUCACCCAGGACAACCAUGGCCUCGCCCGCACCUGCCACGCGCACGAAGUCUAAGGGCAGUCUUGUGGCGGAAAAUUGGGAUGAUGAUCUCAGCGAUGCACCCAACGAGGUGGAUGAAGAGCCGGAAGCCCCAUCACCGUGGAAAACAAGAGCAGCUCGACGCGAAGGCAGGAAGUUCCCCAAGGCAACGGUGCAAAAGUCCUCUGCCGCGUCUGAUUCCGAGGACGGUCGCAUUUUACUCGUUUUGAAGGCUUUCAAAAUGCUGCAGAGCGAGUUCAACGAGAAAUUCCGCGCAUUCUGGGCUUGA